AUGUUGUUCAUGAUGUACAAAUUGUGUACGGCGGCUAUUGUCUUGUUGUCCUGUUCUGUUUCUGGACUGUACAAUGAUUAUGCAUCACAGUCUUGGCCUCCUUCGGCCGCAGAAGCUUUGGUUGAUCUAUCCGAUGGUCGUUUGGAUCUCGCAAUCAAACCCCUCGUAAAACGACCGGCUCGAAACGGUUAUCUGGCCAACCAUACCGAGCUGCUUUUACGUUCGUUAGCUCCUGAUGUCAAAGUGGCUGCUAAUAGUUCACAGCUGCUACGCAUGGCAACACUGCAAUACUCGUUACUGCAACAAAGAGAGCAUCCACAAUAUAGUUUAUAUCCCCAAGUGCUUAAUACGCGCGAGGUUGUUCGGUCGGUUAAGUUCGGGGAAGCGGUCGAUGAGGACCCCAUAAAUGAUCCAUCACUGAAACCCAUCCGGACUCCAUCAGCUUUAUGCCAACAGUCUAAUAGGGAGUGGCCAGAUCUGGUGAUUGUCGUUCAGUCGUGUUUGGACUGCACAGCUACGCGACAGCAUGCAAGAGACACAUUCAUGAAACCGUCCUUGUGGUCCGAGUUUGUCGUCAAGUUUGUAUUUGUAAUUGCAAUUCCAAGUUCAAAACUGAAAGUAAACGAUCCAAAAGAGUUCAUGCGGUUGUUCCCCGAAGUUGCAGCUGAAUCGGACAACAAUAACGAUCUACUGAUCGGAGGUCCGUUUGAGGACACAUUGGUUCAGACGUGGGCGCAUAUUUUGUCAUUCCGGUGGCUAUCGAUUUUCUGUCAGGAACAUGUGCCGGUGUACUUGUUUCUUAAUCCGGAGUUUUCCGUCACUCCAAGUAAUAUGAUUACGUUUCUCCGCGGUAUCCCUCGCAAUUUGCAAUUGAUUCUCAACGCUGGUUUGAGACCAAGCACCUUUCAAGUUCCACGUCAUGGUGAAGGCAAAAUAGAUCCCGAAGAGAUUCCCUGGAGCAGAUAUCCGGAACAUUACGACGAUUCAGCUUUCUUUGUGGGUGCCGAACUCCUGACGGAAGCUUCCAUCACAAUGGCAUUCACGAAACCCCAUCGCAAUUCAGCUGCCUAUUUGGGAUUUAUUUGGGCAAAACUUGACUAUCCGUCAUUGCACUUGCCGGAAGUGAUUUGUAAGAGUGGGAAUUGGAGUGAUGUGUAUGCUGCCUCCGUGUCGAGAACAGUUGAUCUGGAUCGAUAUAUGGAUUGGUCGAAUGGAUUUUUCUUCAAUCCUUGA